CAAUGUGGCAACCGGCACUGCAGAGCCAGAGGUGCUAGGAGCAGCUGGCAGGAGAGGCAGCUGGAAGGAGGAUUUUGGCGGCCGAGGAGAGAGAAGCUGGCAGCCCCACGGGGCACCACUUUGGGCGGGGGCUGGCCAGGGUGCGGUUACCUUUCUGCGAGCAGGAUGGUGAACCUGGACAUGAUGCACACAGAUAUCAAGAUGAGUGGCGAUGUGGCAGACUCCGCAGAAGCACGCAACGAUGGCAGUCACGCAGAGCCUGGAAAUGAACGAAACGGCCUGGAUUUCAACAGACAGAUCAAGACGGAAGACCUCAGUGACUCCUUGCAAAGCACCAUCCCUUCCCGACCGCCCCACCUAGUACAAGGGCCCUCGAUGAUGCCUGGAGGCCAAAUCGCUGGGGAUAUGAGUUCUCUUCACACUUUGCAGCAACUGGUGCAGGUCCCAGGCCACAUGCAAUCCGUCCCCCUCUUCCUGCUUUCUCAGGCUCCGACAGGACAACAAGGUCUGCAGUCAAAUCUCCUCUCGUUCCCUCAGCAGCAGAGCGGACUCCUCCUCCCACAACACGGACACAGUUUAGCGUCUCAGGCGGUCGGACGUCCCGGGCACCCUGGCUCGUCACUAGAGCCCCACCUGGAGGUACCUCAGCAUUUACAAGUUGCCAAACACUUGCCCUCCUCCACAGCAACAGACGAAGCCAACGACCUAGAAGAGCUAGAGAAGUUCGCCAAGACCUUCAAACAAAGGCGGAUCAAGCUGGGGUUCACGCAGGGGGACGUGGGCCUGGCCAUGGGGAAGCUCUACGGCAACGACUUCAGCCAGACCACCAUUUCUCGCUUCGAGGCCCUCAACCUGAGCUUCAAGAACAUGUGCAAGUUAAAACCGCUGCUGGAGAAAUGGCUGAGCGACGCAGAAUCUUCCCCUUUAGACUCUUCUGUGAACACCCCCACUUCUUAUGCAUCUGUGAGCGAAAUGUUUGGGCGCAAGAGAAAGAAACGCACCAGCAUCGAGACCAACAUUCGCUCCACGCUGGAGAAACGCUUCCAAGACAACCCCAAGCCCAGUUCGGAGGAGAUCUCUAUGAUUGCCGAACAGUUGUCCAUGGAAAAGGAAGUGGUGCGGGUUUGGUUCUGCAACCGGCGCCAGAAAGAGAAGCGCAUCAGCUGCCCGAUGCCCUCCCCCAUCAAAUCGCCCCUCUACAACUCCAGACUGAUUUCUACCUCAGGAUCUUUGGGUCCCCUCCCUGUCACGCCUGUUCACAGCUCCAUGCACGGGGCAGUGACGUCUUCCUGCUCUCCUGGCAACUCCAGCCGGCCUUCAUCUCCCGGCACGGGACUGCACGCCAGCAGCCCAGGGAUGUCCCAGACUAACUCCAAAGCAGCCAUCAAUUCGACCAGUUUCAACUCUUCCGGGUCAUGGUACCGAUGGAACCAGCCCACCUACCUCCACUGAAGCCGCGCAGCCUAAAGGUCAACCAAAUCCACCUUUCUCUCCUCAGUAGAAAAAAAAAAAAGAAGUCUCGACUUCUUGCUAUGGACUUGCCCCUCUCUGGGAUUGGUGGCUUCGACUAGGUUUGGUGCAGCAGGACGGGUGCCUUCAGAGAGAGCUUCGGGUCUCUCCCGAGACCUUGACCUCACAGGACGGGAGCAGGCCUGCAAACACCGCAGAAAGAGACUCUAGCUGUGAUAGAACCCUGAGUGGUUGAGGGUUGUGAGUUUGUGCGUGUGAGUGUGUGCGCAGUGUCGGUGCUACACCCGUCGCCCUCAAACCCCCACCUCCUGAGGGCUACUACGCCUUUUCUCUCAGCAACAGGCACCUGGAUGGGGCAAGGCUGCUGUUGUCUCUCAUGAACUCAUAAAAUGCUUCUUGCCAGAG